ACAGUGCCGUUCGCAUGCACCACGUCUGUUGCCGCCCUCUUGGUGCAAGAGCCCGCCAAAUUGUUACGUCGUCGGGCCACUUGCCGCAGCGCUCCCAACUUUGUUGCCCGCGCAUCCUACACGCCUCUAACCUCACCGCACGAACCUGCUUCAUUGGAAUCAGGAGGGCCUGGAACUCUCAAGAGUCUCCACUCACGGCCGCUUCCGCCACAGCGCCGAUGGCGGACCCGCCCACGGCGGGCUCAGCGCCAGCAGCGCCACCCGCCGCCGCCGGCGCUGCCGCCCCUGCCGGCUGGCGCUCCCUGGGCACGCCACCCUCGGAGCUGCAGCUGGACUUCUGCCUGCCCACGGGGCAGUCCUUCCGCUGGCGGGCCACGGCGCCGAGCGAGUACACGGGCGUGAUCGGGCCUCGGCUGGUGGCGCUGAGGCAGCUGCCGGCAGACGUGGUGUUCCGCGUGCUGGCGCGGGGGUCGGGGCCGGAGGCAGCGGAAGAGGGCGACGAGGCGGCGGUCCGCGACUACUUCUACCUGCCGCCGCCGCCGGGGCCGCGGCCAGGCUGUGGUGAGCCGGCGGCGCAGGACCAGGACCAGGAGCAGCAGCAGCAGGGCGUGAGUCUGGCGCAGCUGACCCGUGACUGGUCGGCGGCAUGUGGGCGUUUCGCGGCGGUGAGCCCCUACUUCCCGGGCGCCCGCAUGCUGCGCCAGGACCCGCACGAGUGCCUGUUCCAGUUCAUUUGCUCCUCCAACAACCACAUCAGCCGCAUACACGGCAUGGUGGAGCGCCUGUGUUCCGCGUACGGCACGCCGCUCACUCCCGCGGAGCCCUUGCCGCCACCGGCAUUGCCUCAACAGCAGCAGGAGCAGCAGGAGCAGCAGCAGAUCAAGUCGGAGCCAGUAGAACAGCUGCAGGCAGGGACGGGGCCGCUGCAGGCAGCGGCAAGCGCUGCCGCUGAGCCUGACAUCAAGCCAGAAACGCCGGGGGGCAAGGCGGGUCAGAAGGGCUUUAAGCGCCGGGCCAGCGCUGUGGCCGGCGGCAAGGCGGCAGGCUCAGACGCGGCUGCUGCUGCUCCCGUGCUGUCCUACUACGCCUUCCCCAGCCUGGAGCAGCUGGCGGCGGCCACGGAGGAGGAGCUGCGGGCGGCGGGCUUCGGCUACCGCGCCAAGUUCGUGGUGGGCAGUGUGGCGGCGCUGCGGCAGAAGCCCGGAGGCGGGCGGCAGUGGCUGCUGGGGCUGCGGCGGGUGGGGCUGCAGGAGGCGGUGGCGGCGCUGGAGGAGCUGCCGGGCGUGGGCCCCAAGGUGGCUGCCUGCGUCGCGCUGUUCAGUCUGGACAAGGCCGCGGCCAUACCCGUGGACACACACGUGUGGCAGAUCGCGGUGCGCUACUACCGGCCGGCGCUGCGCGGCAAGGCGCUCACCAAGGCGCUGCACGGCCAGGUGGCGGCGGCGUUCACGGAGCGCUUCGGCGAGUACGCGGGCUGGGCGCACAACACGCUGUUCAUCAGCGAGCUGGCCGCGCAGCAGCACCGCCUGCCCCAGCACCUGCGGGCGGGAGGCGCCGGCGGCAGCGGAGGAGGCGCAGGAGGGGGAGGAGGCCGCAAGCAGCGCGCGGCAGCGGGGCUGGAUGAUGAUGACGACGACAAGGAGGCCAGUGAGGCGCUGUCCUCCGAUGACGAGGAUGAUGAGGACGGGGAGGGGCAGGGGGGUGGCGAGGCGCGGGGUGGCGAGGCGGAUGAGGAGUACACGCCGCCUGGCAGCAUGGGGCGGCGAGGAGGCGGAGGGGGAGGCAGCGGUGCUGGCGGCGGUGGCGGCAGCGGGAGCGCGGGUCGCAAGCGGCGCUCCUCAGCUGCAGAUGGCGGGGGCGGGGGCCUGGACACGCCGCCGCCGCCGUCGGCCCGGAAGUCACCUGCUAGUGGCAGCGGCGGCAGCCGGGGACGGGGCAAGGGCAAGCAGGCGGAGGGGCAGCGGCAACAGCAGCAGCAGCAGCAGCAGGCGACCUCCGACCCCGCGCUUGUGGAGGGUCAGCUCCUGGUGGCGGCGGCGGGCGGCCACGUCGUCGGCAGCACAACGCCCCAGAAGGCGGCGGCAGCGGCGGCGGCCGGCAGGAAGCGGCCAUCGCGGGGGCAGCCGGAGGCACCGGGCGCCCCGAUGAAGCAGGCCAAGGCGGGGGCGCGGGCAAGCCCCACAGAGCUGGGCGGCGCAGGUGUCGGCUCGUGAUGACGCCGGCAUGAGGGUUCAUGUGGCUGGGGGCUAUGUGGGCGCGGGCUUGGACAGACCACUGGCUGCAGGUUUGCGGGUCCGCCGCAGGGUGGGAAGUGCCCGUCAGGGAGGUCGAGCGUGCGCAAAAGCCAGUGGAACAUGGUGUACGAUAAAGUAGGACUGUCAAGGCCAGUCUAUUCUUUGCAUGUGGUGUGAUCUGGUUGACAAUAUCCUCGUGCAUCAGGUAAACAAGCAGUGGAUGGCGCGUGAGGCAGUGCAGGUGCGCUGGUGUGUAAAAGGUGCUGUGCAAUUGGAGUGCAGUGGGGCGCGUGUGCAUGCAUCUUGGGUUGGCUUCGUGGCGGAGUACACGGUGGUGAAAGGCGCACGUGCGUGUGUCGCGGACUCAACCGGACGGUGGUUGGAGUGAUGCCCGCUGACGGCCAGGGCACUUCCUGCCCGUUGGUGGGAACGUUUUGCAGGUAUGCAGGAGAAGGGCCUUCUCCAUUACGCACUUUCAGGACGUCUUUAUUAGUCUCAGUUUAGUACGUCUUUAUUAGGCUCAGCCCACCUUUUCUUGUCGUACGUCUUAAGUGGAAUGCGAGAGGGCACAAGGGAGCGCUACGUAGUAAGUGCCGGUAUGCUGGAGGCGAGAGGGCACACGGAAGCGCAUUCCCCUGAUUGGUGCUGGUCGUGCCCUGGGCAGUCCCGCUGCUGCACGCGUUUGAUGGACCAGGCGGAGUGGGCAGGAGGGUGACACUGACAGGCAUGACAGGCAUUACAGGCAGCAUGUAGCCCAGGUACACCCCGGCGGCUUGGCGCAGCGGCAUGCGAGGGCAGCAGGGCACAGCGGUCGUUGGUGGCCUGGUGGGGGCGGUGCGGCGGCCGUGCGGCGCCACGGCGGGCCGUUCAGGCGGGGCUGGAGGGGCGGCCUGAGCUCAGCUGUGCCGCCUGCGCGGCUGUAAGCCGUAUGUGGUGUGUGCGCGGCGCCCUGGAGGGGCAGGUGUA